AUGCAUACUUGUUCACCUGGAAAGGCACCAAUAGUGAAAGGUGACAAAUUCUCAAAGCGCCAAUGUCCACAAAAUGACAAAGAGAGAGAUGAAAUGAAAGUGGUUCCUUAUGCGUCAGUUGUAGGUAGCCUGAUGUACGCUCAAGUAUGCACACGCCCUGAUAUUGCUUUUGUUGUUGGCGUGUUGGGUAGAUACUUGAGUGAUCCUGGACUUAGCCAUUGGAAAGCGACUAAGAAGGUCAUGCGGUAUCUUCAGGGAUGCGUGGAUGAUAAGAAAUCAACAUCAGGCUACAUUUUCAUGAUGGCUGGAGGAGCUAUUUCGUGGAAAAGUGUCAAACAGACACUCACAGCAUCCUCAACAAUGGAGGCAGAGUAUAUGGCGUGUUAUGAGGCUACCUGUCAGGCAAUAUGGCUGCGGAACUUCAUUUCAGCAUUGAGUAUUAUGGACUAUCUCGAGGCCACUGAAAUUGUAUUGUGA